CUUCACCUCUCGGCGUCUCCAUCGAGCCCUAGGCAACGAACUCCUCAGUUACAUCGCGCCGCCUUCCCAUCCCCGUCGCGCCGCCCGGGCAUCUCGCCGUCGUCGCUCGUCGCCGUAAGAGAGAAGGAUACCCUGUGAAGCUGCCGGAGCCGUUGCCCUGACAUCGGUUAGAGGAUUGUCUAGGGCGGGGAGCAGGAGGAGGGCGAGAGGAUGGUGAAGGGGAGGCCGAAGCCGACGCCAGCCAACGCGCCGGCCGAGGUGAUCUUCGACCCAUCGGCCCCCGGCUCCCGGAAGCCCCGCCGCGCCGGGGCGCCGUCGGCCAGCAACGAGUGGCACAGCUUCAUGGGAUCGAGUCUGUCGGAUAUGUAUCGAGAGCCAGUUUUGGAGAAAUCUGAUGACACAUCUGAUGAUGAGCCUGACAUUGAUAUUGGGAAGCUGUUGAAAGAUGUUGAGCUCUUUGGUGCUUCUACAUUUAAGGAGCGGAAGCAAAUCGAGAACCGUAAGGUGGUUGAAUUGGGUGGAAAGGCCGUUAAGAAGCACCGCACACCAUUAAGUGUAGCGAAGCCAGCUCUUAAGAAUCAAAAGAAAAGAGAACUGAAGAAAAUUGAAGAGGAAAAGCUACUUGGGAUUUUCAGGAAGCGAGACAAGAAUAGCAAACCUCAGACGACUAGGCCAGAGAACCGAGUUCUUAGGGCCACGCAAGGGCACUUCAAGAAUGGUAUACUGGACGUGAAGCAUCUUCUGUCGGCACCAAAACCAUCGGGAAAGGAUGCACUGGAGCCGAAGAUGAGAAAGGGCAAGCACAAAGGGAAGGGAAAACAGAAGGGCGGCAGAAGAAAGGGACGUUGAAGAAAACACACUCUGUAACUUGUUUUGUAUGAACAUAGAUGGAUGAAAGGUUAAGAUGACACCUUGUAAUCAUUCUGGCAUUAAGAUAGUACCUUGUUCUGCUGGAAUCUUGGAGGCAAUACUUAAACUGAUGUAGACCUCCAGGCUGCGAUUCGUCAAGGACGGGUUUGGUUCACUUUUAUCCUUUUUCUGCCCCUGUGCACUUGAUGCC